GUGUAGUCAGGUGUGUUUAUAAAGUGUUUAUAAUGAUGUGCUGACUGUGCCGCUUUCUCUUUUCAAUUGAUUGUUUUUCUCGUGUUUCAAACAAAGACUUGUGAUAUGUGACGGAUGUUUGAGGGUGUAUAAUGUGAGAAUGAAGAAGAGGAUUCACAGUUAGAACAAGGUAUAAUGUAUAGAUUGUUACUAACAUGUGGGUUGGUUCUGCAGCUAGGAGACUCUCAAACUACUGUUUACCAACUACUCAAAAAGGGAAAAAUUAAUAAAAUUAAGACAUUUGUUCAGGAUCUCAGUGAGACACUGUCUGAUAUCCACGAGAAAAACACCUCUUACAAAUUGUUGAAAGGAAGCUACGCUCAAGUAAAAGUGAGUGCAGCCCCAUUCGAGGAUGCACACUGGGAUAAUAUCAUAUCUGGUAUGAGCAAGCAUGUAGACAGUGUCACCCAGAAGAGAAAGGACAAUCUCUUGGACAUAGUGACCAAAGUGGGCGCCCAUGCCACCAAAAAAGAAGAUGGCAAAAGAAACAUAACUACCUACUUGCAGUGGUACCAUGAACCCGGUCAUCCGAUCGAAGUUUUUGUUCCGGUCGUCAAAACCAACUUGAACGGAACACAAAACGACGUGGAUUGGACCGAUGAUGCCUUUGCUUCAGUUACGGAACUCCAGGACUCGGCUGACAGAUAUUUUAUCGGAACUACCCAUGCAGUGCUGAGAUUCUCACCGGAACAAACCUGGCCCAGAAAGCACGACAUGUACGACAGUAGACUGCAGCCGUGGUUCCUUGAUGCUGCAAGUUCUAAACACGAUAUCGCACUGAUGAUCGAUAGAAGCGGUUCAGUAUACGGAAUAACGCUUGAUUCAAUAAUGAAAUUCGCAAAACAUCUCAUCAAACUCAUUCCAUCAAACUACCGUUUUAACGUUUUUCUCUUCAACAACAAGUUUACAGAACUGAAGAGCUGCUUUGGGAAGGGACCAUUGCAAGCGGACGAGACCGUCAAAAGUGCUUUCAUCGCCGGAAUGAAGGAUUUCGAGGCGGCAAAUAGGAGCGAUUUAAAUGUGGCGCUGCAAAAUGUUAAGGAACAUUUCUUUAACUCGACGUUCGAAACAGAAGGUGAGCAGAACAAGCGGAUGGCCAUCCUGUUUACGGAUGGAAUGAUGGAGUUUGAUGUAGAGGAGCUGAAAGAAAGGGUGAAGGACAUGUCCCUGAAGCUUCUGGUGCUGGACUUUGCAAGUCCCGUAUCCCCGGGGCCUAAUAAGGGUCUGCAGAAGAUGACGUGUGAGGCAGGAGGACACUACGUUUUUGUAAAAAACAUUGGAGACUGGUUCGCUGUGGUCGAUAUGUUCUUUGACACCGUCGCCGCUCGCUCAGUGACUGAUAUAUCUGCCGUGGAAGGACAGGUUAGAUGGUCCCAACCUACUGUCACAUAUUAUAACGCCAGAGAAACAAGGAAGAGCAUCAUUCUGACCUCUCCUGUUUUUAAGAAAAAUGAAACAACCAAUUUACACUUACUCCAAGGCGUACUUGGAACAGAUAUUUUGUUGGAUGAUUUCACGUCCAACUUUGAUUUAGACGCAGGGAGCCUGGCGUACGGGAUUAUUUCUUUGCGAAAUGGGAAAGUCAUAAACCACCCUAGGCUAUUGUCCUCUGAAAUUGUUCCCACGUUAGCUCAAGUCGAAGUUGAAGAGAUGUCGGAAGUGCUCUACCCCAUGCAAUACCUCACUGACUCCCCGAUCACUAAGAUAGGACCUAAAAUCAUAGAACGGAUAAUCGACGGAACAAUCGAUCAGGUGAAGUAUCAACUAGUUAUUCCAGCAAACGAUGCUGUUAAAGUUACGAUGGACACUAAAAAUCUAGAAGGCCAAGGGAGGCUCGGAAAUCUUAACAACGAUAAUUUGUUCAUUAGACCUUUCACAGAUGAACAAACCAUGAACAAGGACGCUGUAAUACAGUGCGUCAGAGAUCUCGGAUCAUGCGCUGAUCCCAGGUUGCUUUCCUUAGCUCAAGAUCUCAUCAUCACCAAAUCAGUAUUCAACAAAUGGGAAGGAAACGACGAAUCAGCCCACAAACUUGGUAACUUUCUAAUAACCAGUAACGGUUUAUUAUGGAGUACGGUUAACAUAACAGACUAUAGGAGGGGUAUAGCCAAGAACAUUGCUGAUUAUUUGGAGUUUAGCGCAGAUCCCGAUAAGUUUACAGCAGAAACUCUUUUGGUGACAAGACCGUACGGAAAACCAAUACAUCUCUCAAGAAGUAUAACUACAGAUGAAACUGGAGGAUCCGAGGUGGAUCAACUGGUACUGGCUGUUUUGGGAGCGCGGAUUGAUAAUACCAUUAUUUCCGCCAAAAUUAAGCAAUUGAUCGAUGGUUUGAGCCUGGAUGAAAACUGGACCACAUAUCUUCUGGACCAUAAAGGAUAUGUUCUCUACUCACAAAACGAAACGGCUGAAUCCAUAUUUUUCGGAGAGGUGAACAGUGCAGUGUUUGGAAUACUGGUAAAGGAAGAAUACUACAGUAACAGGACCUUCUAUGAUAGGAUCUGUACUCAGAUCGGAGAGAAAUCUGCAGGGCAUAAGAUUUCUCUGUUCGUGAUGGACUUUGCUACAAAAGCUUUUUCUUUAAUAUUAUCUGUAAUCAUUAAUUCUCUAAUGAUGGUCGGUCGAGGGCUGGCCUUCAUUAUGCCUGAAGCCAAAAUUGUGAAAAACUGCCGUCGACAAAUCUUUGCCUACGAAAGAAACUUUGCUGUGUCAGACUUCCACCAGGACAAGUACUCGUGUGAGAGGACGAACGAGACUGCCUGCACCGGACAAUACGCAGUGCUACCAGUCCAGACACAAACACACUCAUGGUCUUCAUCAGAGAAGACGACUCCACCUGUAAAUGUCCGCUACCAUUUCCCAGAAUAGGCUGGAAAGUGGAAGGGUUAGAGUAUUGUGAGUUGCAGGACUCUUCCGUGGCGACCUCCCUCAACAAGGACCUCAUCUACGAUGAGAAGCAUCACCAGGAGGACUUGAUGGAGAAAGUUUGUAGUGACCUUGAAGAGGAGGUAGAGGAGCAGUAGAUUCAUAGUAACCAGUAGUAACCACUAUAGUAACCAGUAGUAACCACUAUAGUAACCAGUAGUAACCACUGUAGUGACCUUGAAGAGGAGGUAGAGGAGCAG